CUGAAACUAUAUAACGUCCAGAAUAGGAAACAAAUUAUAUAAAAGAACUAUUUAUGUGGAAGGACUUUAGGUUAUACAGUUUGUUCACUGUCCUCAAACUGCUUUUUUUAAACUGCUGGACACGAUUGUUUUGACAUAAUUAACAAAAUGGACCAAGGAGUGGAUAAUCCUACAUUCGUUACUGAUGACGACCUCAAUGUAGGACAAAACUCAAAACAAGAAAAUAUUGCAAAAGUGGAAAUAUCCAAGCAAGAGAUUGAGGAAGGGCCAUGUGGCUGGGGAAGAUUUACACCAAGUUGGAUUCAGCACUGCAACAACCCAAAAGGAUACUUGGUCUUUUACAGUCUGCUAGGUGUCAUUCAAGGUACUUUAGUGAAUGGUCUGGUGAACAUCGUCAUAACUACAAUUGAGAAACGAUAUGACUUGAACAGUUUCACCACAGGACUGAUUUCUACAGGCUACGAUAUGUCCUUCUGUGUUUUAUGCCUUUUUGUCUCUUACUAUGGACAAAAGGGGCACAAGCCACGAUGGCUGGCUUUCUCGUCUUUUAUGCUGGGAUUGGGAUCCCUUGUGUUUUGUCUUCCUCAUUUCACCGGUGACCUGUAUAAUUAUGGUGCACAAAUACGAGAUACUUGUGCAACCCUUCACAGUAAUGUCAGCAGACCAACUUGCGAUCCCUCCACGGCAACUAAGUCCUCCAAUUUUCUACUUGUGUUUCUUCUGGGUCAACUGCUACAUGGGGUGGGAGGAACCCCUUUGUACACACUGGGAACGGCCCACAUUGAUGACUCUGUCUCCACUGAGAAAAGUUCCCUUUAUAUUGGUAUUGGAAGUGGUAUGUCAGUUCUGGGCCCUGCGUUUGGAUAUAUCUUAGGUGGUCAGUUGCUGGACAUUUAUAUUGAUGUCAAUAGAAUUUCCAAAGUUCCUUUGAUGCCAGAUGACCCUCGAUGGCUUGGUGCUUGGUGGAUUGGGUUUCUUCUCUGCUGGAUACUGGCCUGGUGCCUAGUUCUACCUCUGACUUGUUUCCCAAAGCACUUACCAGUAUUUCUUUUCUUGCAGAUAUUGUUGAAGAACCCUGUUUUCAUGUCCUUAGUUAUAGCAGGCACUACUGAAGCAAUGGUCAUCACUGGGUUUGUCACAUUUAUGCCAAAAUUCAUUGAAAAUCAAUUUGGCCUAACUGCUAGCCUAGCAGCAAUUCUGGGAGGAGCAGUACUUAUCCCCGGAGCUUUUAUUGGUCAAAUUAUUGGUGGGCUCAUCAUUACCAAACUGAAACUUCAGUGUCGAAAUGUGAUGAGAAUGAGUGCAGCCACAUGCAUAUUAUCACUGCUUUCUGCUUUAGUUUUUGUUUUUGCUCAAUGUUCAAAUCAGCCAUUUGCUGGAGUCAACCAGGACUAUAAUUUUAACAGCACUGCAGAAAAUAUCGAUUUGAUGGCACCUUGUAAUAAGGACUGUAAUUGCAUUCGUACUUACUUCAAUCCAGUAUGUGGUGCAAAUCAUGUCCAGUACUUUUCUGCUUGCUAUGCAGGUUGUUCUAAUGCAUCAAUAACAGAUGGCGUUGUCAUGUAUCAUAAUAGGAACUGUGUACAAAAAUAG